AUGGGCAGGUUAUGGCAAGGCGCAAACCAGUCGGUCUUUGCUAAGUGGUAUCCUCAUCAUCUGCGGACAAUCGUCAACUUCUACCUUGACAACCUGCUCGAGCAUGCCCGGCAUGCAGACAUCCCUAUGAGUUCUGUCAAGACUUUCGCCAUUCCGCUGGAGUUGACGCCGAAUUCACCGGCUCGCCAAACCCUCUUGACGAAGCAUACACGCCUCGCGAACAUGCUCGAUCUCAAGCAUACCAAUAGGAUUUUGUGUGCCACGCCUACGGACGGGUUCUUCGAACUGCAUUUGCUCAAGUACUUUGACUUCGAGGACCUCCACGUUCUCAAACCACACCGUGAUGACGCGCAAGACAAACUUUCUCACAUCGUCGCAUAUGCUGGAAAACAAGUCAAUCGCAUCUCCUUCGUGACUGACCUCGCUCUGCGUAAGUCCACUCUUGCGUCUCAGUAUACCACUGUGAUCCUCCGUGAUCCCUCGCACCUCACUCCGGCGACAUUGGAGAGGGUCCGGGUUAUGCUGGCGCCUGGUGGGCGGAUGUUGUUGGAGCUUACAAUAUUGCCUAAGUGGACUCCGGAAGCGAUGGAGUUUGUGGACUAUCCGCUUGAGAGGAGCUCGUGUGCGUUGUUGUCGCUUGAGCGGUUGUUGAAGGCAGUGAACGAGGCUGGGAUGCAUGUGAAGGUCGUGCAGAACAUUACGGAUCAAGAAGCACGCGUGGCCUACGCUCUUUGCAGAGAGACCGAGGGGAGUCCCGUGUGUAACCAGGAGCAGUGGAGACCGUGGAAGGUUCGGAAUGGAUGGAAGGCUGCGGUAAACCUGGGCUUAUCUCAGACGUGA